CAGGUGCCAGCCGCGCCAUGCAGAUCUUCGUGAAGACCCUGACCGGGAAAACCAUCACCCUCGAGGUUGAGCCUUCUGAUACUAUAGAAAAUGUGAAGGCCAAGAUCCAGGAUAAGGAAGGAAUUCCUCCUGAUCAACAACGACUUAUUUUUGCUGGCAAGCAGUUGGAAGAUGGACGCACGCUGUCUGACUACAAUAUUCAAAAGGAAUCGACUCUUCACCUUGUGCUGAGACUUCGUGGUGGCGCUAAGAAGAGAAAGAAGAAGUCUUACACUACCCCCAAGAAGAACAAGCAUAAGAGAAAGAAGGUUAAGCUUGCUGUCCUUAAAUAUUACAAGGUGGAUGAGAACGGUAAAAUCAGUCGCCUGCGCCGAGAGUGCCCCUCUGAAGAAUGUGGGGCUGGAGUUUUUAUGGCCAGUCACUUUGACAGACAUUACUGUGGCAAGUGCUGCCUGACAUACUGCUUCAACAAACCAGAAGACAAGUAAAUGUAGCUGUGUUAAUAAAAAAAAAACAAAAAACAGCCCUCAGAUUUUUGCAGUGCUGUACAUUUAU